GGAUAGUGUAGUCCAAUGAAGUCUAUUAUAUGUGGUAUAGGAGAGAGAUGGAGAUAUGAUGAUUACAGGUAAUUGGAUCUACUUGUUAAAACUGCUCCUUCGCAGAACAUAAACAUAUAUGUUUUAGAACCUGAUGGAGAUUAGCUUUUGAAAACAAGUCGAAACAGAAUUCAUUCCAAAUCCCCCUAUAUCUCUUAAGCAUGAAUAUUGUUAGGGUAUAAUCGUCUUCAAAAAAGUGUUCGUCUCUCUCUGCCUAAGCUAAUUGUACCGUAGGCAUAUUGAGUUGAAUCUUUAAGCUUUGCCAUCAAAGCAGCGGGUAACGAGGUUAGCAUUGCCAGUGGGAGAGCAUGAGCAUUAAAAAAUUGCUUUCCGGUGGGAGAGCAUGAGCGCUUGGGCGGCACAAAGGUGCAGCUAGAUCGAUGGACCCCUUCAUCGGCUCAAAAGAGGAGAUCUCUGGCGGGCCAAGAGGACGCUCAAUUCGUACACAGGGAGAUGGCAUCCACGUUGGAGGAGAUCGGCGACUUGGGCAGAGCGAAGGUGGUUCAAUGGUUGGAAUCGACGGGAACCACCUAACCACUCACUGGUUUUUGUCGCCAAUUCAAUGACUGAAAUCGUCAUCUAGAAGGGAGGUCAUCUGACAAGCUAUGGAGCUUCAAUCGACCGUGUGUUAGGCAAAAAAGCAGAGCAGAGCGCGAGGGGACACAAACUGUGCAAUGGGAUUUCCCUGAAAGCAAGGAACGACGACCAUGGACCGACAACUACACUUUGAGGAGAUGGCUCUGAGAACGCGUGUAGAUUCAGAACUCACGACCCAGGUGCUGGAAGCCUUUUCUUCAACUAGGCGAAUUGGGUGUUCUACCAGGCAGAAGGCUCGCUCCUUCACUUCAGAAUUCUGGAACAACAUAAAACCAAUUCGGUUUAAACAUUCCUUUCCUCCUAGUCCUGUGCGCCCCCUCCCUCUUCUUCUUUUUCCGUUCAAGAAAAUCUGGCACACAACAAUUUUUGUGAACGGAUCCACCUAUAUAUAUUUGCCACCUUGUAUUGAACAGAUUUUGGAAUUAUUGGCAUCCCUUUGUAAGCUCUUCAUUCUCUCCUAAUUAAUUAAAUAUUUCCUUUACAUUUAAAUUCAAUUCAUUCCUAAAUUACC